GCCGUGGAGCCCAUCAACGAGCUGCUGCGUGACAAGUGGCGCAAGUUUGGGGCCGUCUCCUUCUACAUCAGCGUGGUCUCCUACCUCUGCGCCAUGGUCAUCUUCACCCUCAUCGCCUACUACCGCCCCAUGGAAGGCCCCCCCCCCUACCCGUACACCACGACCGUUGACUACCUGCGCCUGGCCGGGGAGAUCAUCACCCUUCUCACCGGCAUCCUCUUCUUCUUCACAAAUAUCAAAGAUCUGUUCAUGAAGAAGUGCCCAGGCGUGAACUCCUUCUUCAUAGACGGCUCCUUCCAGCUGCUCUACUUCAUCUACUCGGUGCUGGUGAUCAUCACAGCGGGGCUGUACCUGGGCGGCAUCGAGGCGUACUUGGCCGUCAUGGUCUUCGCGCUGGUCCUGGGCUGGAUGAACGCCCUGUACUUCACCCGGGGGCUCAAGCUGACGGGGACCUACAGCAUCAUGAUCCAGAAGAUCCUCUUCAAAGACCUUUUCCGCUUCCUCCUGGUCUACUUGCUCUUCAUGAUCGGCUACGCGUCAGCUCUGGUGUCCCUCCUCAACCCGUGUCCCAGCAGCGAGUCCUGCGAGAAGGAGCAGUCCAACUGCACGGUGCCCACCUACCCCUCUUGCCGGGACAGCCAGACCUUCAGCACCUUCCUACUCGACCUCUUCAAGCUCACCAUCGGCAUGGGUGACCUGGAAAUGCUCGAAAGCGCCAAGUACCCCGGCGUCUUCAUCAUCCUCCUCGUCACCUACAUCAUCCUCACCUUCGUGCUCCUCCUCAACAUGCUCAUCGCCCUCAUGGGUGAGACCGUGGGCCAAGUCUCCAAGGAGAGCAAGCACAUCUGGAAACUGCAGUGGGCCACCACCAUCCUGGACAUCGAGCGCUCCUUCCCAGUGUUUCUGCGGAAAGCCUUCCGCUCGGGGGAGAUGGUCACCGUGGGGAAGGGCACCGACGGGACGCCCGACCGCCGCUGGUGCUUCAGGGUGGAUGAGGUGAACUGGUCCCACUGGAACCAGAAUCUGGGCAUCAUCAGUGAGGACCCAGGCAAGAGCGACACGUACCAGUACUAUGGCUUCUCCCACACUGUGGGCCGGCUGCGGAGAG